UGAGUUCAUCCAGAUCCGGAUCCAGUUUAUGAGUGUGAUGAUGGAAUUUGUGUUGAAUAUGAAGGGAGUUCAGCUCCUGGUUCUAAUGAUGAGUCUUCAUCACUUUGGGCUGGUUUCUGCUCAGGUGAGUAAAGAAGACUUCCAAACAGGCGACUGCUUCUUUGAUUUCUCAUUUAACCUCUUCAGAGUUCUUUCUUUAGCUGCCAUGUUGGAUGCUGAUAAUUCUUUUUGGAAGAAUUGUUUCAUUGUUUCUUCAUCCUGCCCUAAGCCUGACCCCCCGGCUAACGGACGCCGACUGGGCAGAGUGUUUGCUAUGGGACACGAGGUCCACUUCCUCUGUAAGCCCGGCUACGAGUUGAUAGGCCCACGAACUCGAGUGUGUCUAGAGUCUCUGAAGUGGAGUGGACAACAGCCCAUGUGCAGAAGACUUAACAGCACUGCCAACUCCUUGGCUUCCUUCUCUUCAGCUGCGUCCUCCUUCGCUGCCUUAUCUGAGUCCUCCACAGCAGCCUCAUCUUCUUCGGCUUCAUCACCAACACCCUCCUCGCCCUCCUCCUCUGUCCGGCCUUCUAACUGCACACAUUUCCUGGGCUCGACUCACUGUACGUGUGAUGUUGGUUUCACUAUAUCAGGCCGAGACAAUAACAUUUGCACAGAUAUCGACGAGUGUCAUCUUUUCCCCCUCGCGCAGCCUGGCCGUCUCUGCAUUCAUCAGUGUGUGAACACACCCGGAAGCUUCCACUGUGUUUGCCCGCCCGGCUACAGCUUGUCCAGAGAAGGUCGCAGCUGCACAGCUCUGCACAGCAGCAGCAAGUCUCCGUUGCUGCMGCACAGGUGUAAACCCAGCACGAGCGUGCGCUGUGAGAGGAAUCCGUGUAUGUUGGGGGACAAAGCCUGCACUCAAGCUCCAAACUCCAUCUCCUUCCACUUUCUCGCUGUGGUGUCCAACAUGUCUGCCCCUCGUGUCCUCUUCCGGGUGUCUGCAGCCCGUGUGCUGGGAGACACGCUGCGGUUCGGCCUGGCCGGUGGCCGUGGUCGCGGUCACUUCAGUGUUCAGCGCUCUGGUCGGCAGACCGGGACUCUUCUCCUGGUGACGUCUAUUAACGGGCCGGCCACACUGGAGGCCGAGGUGGAGAUGAGUGAGCUGGAGAACAACACCCUGCUAGGCCGCUACCUCACCAAGGUCACCCUGUUUGUGUCCCCGAACAUGUUCUAACAGGGAGGACAAGCAAGAGGAGUCCAUGGACUAAUAACCAUUCAAUGGAUACCAUAAGAAUUUACUGAGACCUGAAUUUUCAGAGACAUCAUCUUUUGUUUGUUUGUCAAUGUAGUAGUUAGAAAACUUAUAGCAUUACCUUCUCUGGUGACCUCUCAGCACUUUAUUAUUAUCACUGAGACACCCAGUCCUCUGUUUGUUGACUCAGCAUGACCACUUAGCUAUUAACAUGUGUAGUGUAUAGUCGUUCAUUCUACAUAUAGACUUACUGUGAACCUUUUCUACAACUUUAAACACACUCUCAUUUAAGGAGGGACAACAAUAUUUGUUUCUUCCUUAACACAGAUUAAUAUUGCUAUAGAUGUUUCCAGGUAAAUCCUGGUGAAGAUGUUGGCAUUGGAACAGUCUCAGUUGUGCUGAAGGAUCUUCCUUGAUUUAACACACCCUAAUAAAAUAAAUGGAUGAUUAAAUGGYUUAGUCAUCCAUCCAUCCAUUUUCUGUACACCCUUGUCCCUUACUGGGGUCAGGAGGGUUGCUGGUGCCCAUCUCCACCUGGCUUAAUCAUCCAUUUAAUAAAAUAAUUGGAAUAUUAAGCCAGCCUCUGCAAAACGUAAUGAGAUGGUGAGGAAGUAUCUCAGCUUCACCAUUAGAAUCAGCUGUAGUGGUGCAGGAGCAUUGCUAAGACCAAGCCUUAAGAAGUGGUUUCAGAAACCAUUAGGUCAAAAACAUGCAACUUAUUUGGCUCACGUAUAAACUACCAUAAGAUGGUCAUUUUAUUAGGUCAACUAAGCUACAGUUAAUGAUUGACUUAAGGCUUAUUUAUGAAGUUUUGUGUUGGUUUCUCUUGAAAAUAGUUMUGAAAUCUAACAUGAACAGAAAUGGCUCUGAAACAGAAUCUUGCUGUGUUUUUGUUGGAAGCUGACACAAAGGCUGCUSAUCCCCCCACUGUCUUCUGGCUCUGCCUGCAGCUCCUCAACAGACUAAAGAGGUUUUACAUUUUAUCACAGRCAGCUAGGAAAAAAAGAAAGAAAAACUAAGUGUGCAGUAAAAUCAAUCCAUAUGUAAAAUUACAAAUACUGCCUGAUUGAUAAUAUGGGCUAACAUUCAGGAAAACCCUUUAAGCAUUUAUAAAUGUGCGUGUUCUURUAAAGAGCUGAUGUAUUGAAGCUCAUUCAAUUCAGGUUGAUCCUCCAAGUAGUGAAUUUGUGUCAGUGGUUUAUCUGUUCAUUGGUCUGUAACUGAUGUAGCAUAUAAAGGAAGAGAGUAACCAUGUUUAUGCUCCUUCUCUGCUUAUAGAGGUUUAUCUCCAGAUAUGGCCACAGUUCCCAAGUUGAAAUAAAAAGUGGACAAAAAAAGAAAAUAAAAAAAGACUAUUUUUAA